CAAUUUUUCUUCACGAUGGGUAUUUGUCCGUGGCAGGAUAUCUUUGAAGACGAGAUUGAUUGGUGGUCCAAGUAUUACGCCUCUACUGGGGAAACCGAGAAGUGUGGGGACUAUCUGGAAAGAGGCUAUGACAAGAUAGAGAUCUACAACAAGCCUUUGGAAGUUCUUGGGACGAACGACUAUUUCCAGGACUUCUGCAACUGCUACGAUCUGAACCGUGGAAAGCAGGAAGACGAGGAUGAGGAAUCAAGCGGAGUGGGAGAAUUCAAGGGUCUCUUCAGGAUCUACCCAUUGCCCGGUGACCUGAAGGCCGAACUGCCUCCAAAGCAGUUCAGCCACCUACCCCCAUCAGCACCGGUGGAGUGUGUCAUCCGUAUCUACAUUGUCAAGGCCCUUGAUCUCCAGCCUCAAGAUCCCUCUGGAUUGGCUGAUCCUUACCUAAAGAUCAAGCUUGGAAAGAAGAAGAUUGAUGAUGAAGAUGACUACAUACCAAACACCCUCAACCCGGUCUUUGGAAAGAUGUUUGAGGUCAAGACGUUCUUACCAGUUCACAAGGAUCUCAAGGUAACCGUCAUGGAUAAGGACUUGCUGAGCAAAGAUGACAUCAUCGGUGAAACGGAGAUUGAUCUGGAAAACCGAUUCCUCACCAAAUUCCGUGCAACAGUUGGACUACCAGAGAGUUAUAACACCUCUGGCCCUAACAAGUGGCGUGAUCAGAAGACACCAAGAGAACUGCUUGAGGAUUACUGUAAGCUACAGAAGAUCCCUGGACCAUUCUUCUAUGGAUCCACCAAACUCACCAUGGAGGGCAAGAUGUACAAUUUGGCUGACUUUGAAACGAACAAGAUGCAUAGUGAGCACGAGGGACCCCAGGAUCAGCGCCUGGCACUCUUCGCACUCCGCCAGUUCCCCUUGGUGAGGGAACACAUCGAGACACGCCCGCUCUACAGCCCUCUGCUGCCGGGCAUUGAACAGGGCAAGCUGCAGAUGUGGGUGGAUAUCUUCCCCAUGACCAUGGGGCCACCGGGCCCUCCCUGUGACAUCACACCGAGGAAACCCAAGAAGUACGUUGUUCGCUGCGUUGUCUGGAAUGCUAAAGAUGUUAUCUUGGAUGAAACCUCCAUCACUGGAGAGAGGAUGAGUGACAUCUACGUCAAGGGCUGGAUGGCCGGUGAGGAUGAGAAGCAGGAGACCGAUGUCCACUACCGGUCACUGAACGGUGAAGGAAACUUCAACUGGAGAUUCUGUUUCCCCAUCGAGUACAUUCCUCCUGAACAGGUCCUAGUCAUCAAGAAGAAGGAACAUUUCUGGAGUUUGGACAAGACUGAGACUCACGUUCCACCUGUUCUUAUAGCUCAGAUCUGGGACAACGACAAGUUCUCACCCGAUGACUUCUUAGGAUCCAUUGAGCUAAAUCUGAACGGUAUGCCCAACCCCGUCAAGAAGGCAGGGAGUUGUUCCCUCAAGCAGCUACCCAAUGAAGCCAAGGGAAAAGAAGUCAGCUUGGUGUCUCUCUUUGAGGCCAAGCGUCUCAAGGGUUGGUGGCCUGUCAUCAGUGAGGAGUCCGGAGAACGGGAGCUCACUGGCAAACUGGAGUUGGAGCUUGAGAUCUUGACAGAGCAAGAAGCCGAGGAAAGGCCAGCUGGGCAAGCAAGAGAUGAACCAAAUGCCAAUCCUGUCCUGGAUCCUCCAAAUCGUCCAGAGACGUCCUUCUUGUGGUUCACCUCCCCCUGGAAGACCCUGAAGUAUAUCAUCUGGCACAACUACAAAUGGUAUAUCCUUGGAUUCCUUCUCCUGCUCCUCCUGGUAGCCUUUAUCAUCCUCAUCAUCUACAAUGUACCAGGAGCUGGGGUCAACAGGCUGUUCGGUAACAUAUAA